AUGGUCGCCAGUCAUCCGGACACCAGGAACAACGCCGAGACCCGCCAGCUUGUUCCUUUUCUGCCUUCUGGCCCCUGGAAGCUUGCCUCAGUCAGCUCCUGCCACAGCAGAUCCAUAUUCUUCCUGGUGCGUUUUUUAGCUUAUGAAAAGCACCUGCGAGAUCGUGUCGUUGUAGAGUGCCUGGGUAGCCUGGCCCGGCUCAAGUUGAACCCACGCUAUUUCCAGAACAAAUAUGUCAGCUUUGCUGCUGUCGACAAGUUUGGCAGGUCUUGGCCCAUAAACCAGACCCUGGCUGCACAAUGUGGAUACACCAUCCUCCAGGACGUCUGGGGAAGCCUUGAGUUCCGGGCCUCCUUGGUCAGCUGCUACGCUCAGGUGGUGGGUGAUGAGCAGUUCAGUCUGACGUUCCAAAUCCUGGCAGCCACAAGCCCAGAGAUGCAUGAUGCAAUUCCACUGGUGGUCCCCGUGAAGUGUUCUUACGGCCCAUGGCAGCCUCGGGAAAUACUAUGUGAGGAAAACUACAUGGAAGUUUCUGUAAGGAGGGACGUACCACUGAUCUCUGAUGGCUAUCUUCAAGAUCAGCCUGAAGACUGGGCGGCUGCCUUCCCAGAGGUCAAAGCAGGUCCACCAUCUAUCUGGCAAAUCGUCUUCCACAUGGACACCCAGAAGAAGGAGAUGCAGGUUGAGCAAGCGCAUGCUGUUGGGUACGGAGUCAACACCACGGACUCGAGGAUUGUGUUGAGGGCUUCCUACAACUCAACGGAAGCUCAGAAGAUGGAGGUCCACGGUGUCCCCUUCUCUGUAGUGAGGUCCAGCACUUACUUCAAGCAGCGCUGGAUGGUCCUGGUUAUAGAUACUGCUGUGGCCUGUCCCAUAGAUGGAGUGAUGUACACGGAUGAGACCAUCACCUGGACUAUCCCGAAAGACUUGUCUCCUCUCAUGGUGGGAGUGAGCAAUGUCAAGGAGCUGCGUGUGGAGGUGGGGGUCGACCUGUCCAAGCUGCCUGCUGAAGAGAUCGCUGCUCGAGGAUACUUGCUGGCCAGUGACAAGGAUGCUAUCACCCUGCAGAUACCCAUUGGUGCCGUGGGCGGUACUUAUAAGAGCUACGUAGCUGCUGGGCAACUGGUGACCUCCUACAAAAUCAACCCCUUUGUUGAGCACCUGUGGGAAGACGACCGGAGGGGCGUCACAAAGCACACCAUCCUGAAAGAGAUCAGCACACCUGUGCAGCCUGCACCAAUCGUAAUUAAAGAUAGCAGCAACAUCCCUCUCCAGCUCUUCAAUGUGUCCAUUGGGCCCUUCCUACCAGAUGUGGAGCUGGUCAGUGUGAAAGUGGAUGAUUCGGGCCCCUGGUCACUGCCAGAGGUUGAAAAGCAGGGCUGUAAGGUAGUCGGAAACAGGCAUCCCAACAGCAGCAAUGACUUCAUCCUACAGAUCCCUUUCGACACACCCGGAGUCAAGAAACAGUAUGUGUCGGGUCCUGUCAGGAAUUAUACCUUAAAUGUCACGUUUGGGUUCAGCGUGAGCCCCCACACAGACCCCUUCGAAGUCCCAGUCACUCUUGUUGCCCUAGUCGAGGAUGCAGUGUUGCCUCAAGCGACCGGCUCCUGUGAUGAGGAAGCCCUCUACUUGGUGGUGAGACGUGGCAACGUGGACCAGGACUGGCUGCCCUUCGUGGAGAACACUCUCUUGACUCGGGAGACAGCCCACCAGCUCGGCUACACCUUCCACGACAACGGCCGCAAGCUGGACUACGAAGUCUACUCUUCUGGGAUUGUGGUGACCUUCCGGCUGCUGCUGAAGGACCCUGUCACUCAAGCGGAGAUGAUGGACUUCUCAGUUUCCUGCAGCUUUUCUUCUAAAGACCUCAUUGGCCACAGGUUGAAAUGUGGUUGCCAGUACAUGAUCGGCGAUGCCCUGUUGCUUCAGUACAGCCCUAUUGAAGCCCCAUCGCCGAGCGUCCUGCCGGGAGUUGGCCUGCUGGCUCUUGUCCUGAAGCUAGCCAGAG